AUGCAAAAGCGUGUGAUCGGAUGGUGCCCGGUCAGCGACAGAAUGUGCAGGUUGAGGAUCAAGGGCCGGUUCUUCAAUAUCAGCAUAAUUAACGUGCAUAGUCCCCACCUCGGAAGUAGCGAUGAUGACAAAGACGAAUUCUACGCGCAGCUGGAACGUGAAUACGAUCGCUGCCCAAGACAUGACAUCAAGAUCGUCAUCGGCGAUUUCAAUGCUCAGGUUGGCCAGGAGGUGGAGUUCAUACCGGUGGUUGUAAGCUUCAGCGCCCACCAGCAAACGAACGAGAACGGCCUAAGACUCAUCGACUUUGCCACCUCCAAGAACAUGGCAAUAAAAAGCACCUUUUUCCAGCACCGCCUCCUGCACCGAUACACUUGGAGAUCACCCAUACAAACGGAGACACACAUCGAUCACGUCCUGAUUGAUGGACGGCAUUUCUCGGACAUUAUCGACGUACGAACCUGUCGGGGCGCUAACAUCGACUCGGACCACUACCUUGUGAUGGUUAAGCUGCGUCCAAAACUGUCCGUUGUGAAUAACGUACGGUACCGGCGCCCGCCGCGGUAUAAUCUGGACCGACUGAGGGACACCGAGGUCGCGACUGCCUACGCGCGGCAUCUCGAAGCAGCGUUGCUAGCGGAGGAGGAGCUCAAUGAUGCUCCCCUGGAGGACUGCUGGACCAGAACUAAAACAGCCAUCAGCAAUGCUGCGGAGAGCGUCCUGGGAUACGUGCCAAGGAGUCGACGGAACGAAUGUACACCGGGAAGGAAAAAGCCACACCGCCUGUUUCCGCAUCAAGUUCACCAGUCCACCGAGUCCGAGGCUUCCUCGCUCGAGGAUGCUUGGCAGGCCAGCCGCCUGGAUCAUGCAUGUGCCUAUCUGAAACAGAAGCUCCAGUAA